GACAAAAGUGGUCCCGUCGUUUUUGAUUAGAGAACGGAGAUUGUUGCUACAAUCAGCGCAGGCUCAAUCGCUGGAUUAAAGACCCAACACGCACAGCGUGAGAGCCCAAAAGUGUCAGCAUAAAUUUUAUCGAGAAAAAUUUUCUCGGAAAUUUCCUUCUUGUAUCGUCGAUUCGUGUUGCAGCUGGUGUGUUGAUUGACGGCAAGAAGUUUAAACAAGUGAUUCUUGGGUGGCUAGCCUCUUUAAAUAUGUUUACAUCUUGUAUUGCUUAAAUAUGAACUUUGGGCUUCUCAGCUGUCCAUGGUUCGGUAGUCAUUCAAGGAAGAAUUUAGCAAUGGGAGCAACCAUUGUAUCCAGUGGAACUGUUAUCGAACAACCAGAAGUGCAAAAAGGUGGUUUUGGCAUCAAGAUAUGGACAUGGUCCCUCCUUUCACUUGUUCCUUGGGCCAUCAAUGCUAAAGAUAAAAUUCGAAGGCCAACCACCAUAAACAGACGGUUGAAAAGGCAUGCCCAGUCACAGUAUAUAGCAGAGUCUGGUGAUAUGGGCUCCUCAGUGCGCUUUAGACCAUAUGUGUCGAAGGUCCCAUGGCAUACUGGCGCAAGAGCUGUUCUUUCUCAGUUAUUUCCACGAUAUGGGCACUAUUGUGGACCUAAUUGGUCUAGUGGGAAGGAUCGUGGGUCUCUACUUUGGGACAGGAGACCAACUGACUGGUUAGACUUUUGCUGUUAUUGUCAUGAUAUUGGUUAUGACACUCAUGAUCAGGCGGAGCUGCUCAAAGCUGACUUGGCAUUUCUUGAGUGCUUGGAGCGGCCACAUAUGAGCACAAAAGGAGAUACUCAUGUUGCUCAUGUUUAUAAGACAAUGUGCAUAGCAGGUCUCAAGAACGUAUUAAUACCAUAUAGAAGGCACCUUCUGAAGUUGCAAUCUGGGCAACCUUUAAUGGAUUUUGCAUGGCUGAGUACUGUGAAAAGGAGAACUUGGAAUUUUCAGAAAACUUAAAAGUGGAAGAUGAGUUCUGGAAAGAGUGAAGGACAGUGUUUCUUGUGUACCCCAAUUUGGAAUUGGAAGAGAUGGUUCUUGAAGGAGUAUUCUUUCUCUCACUUUAUGUUCCAUUUCUGCUGAAGCUUUCCUGCCACAAUUUUGAAGCUGUUUAGGAUAGUGGUUGCUCCAUAGAAAUGUAUCUAAAUGCUUAUCUAAUAUCUCUCCAGAAGUCAUCAGAUGUAAAUAGGUACUGCCUCAGUAUGAGUGUUUAGCAUUGGUUUCAUAAUUAUAUAUCUGAGGACUCUGCUGACUGUUUAUAUUUAUGGAAUCUGGUCUUUCAUUGCAAUUAUCUUGACAAGAAAUACUAAACUUUUGAAUC